AUGCUGUCAACAAUGGUGCGCCCGGAGGACACCAUCAGGAUGCCCUUCGCCUACCGUGGCGAUGCGGACGAAGAUGACCAUGACAGACCAUCUCUGGAGCAAAGCCUGCCUGCCUCGUUGGUGCCCGCCUCAUUGGUGCCCCCUUCAAUGGUAUCUUCCUCUAAGAUAGAUGCGCUGGCCAAAAGUGAAGAUGAGGUUCCUUCUGUCAACGGAGCCACAGGUGACGGCAAUGGUACCACAGGCAAACAUCCAGCAGGACCCCGCUUGUUGACAACCGAAGAGACAAUUGAACUCGCCCGCCGGGCGGUCGAGAAUGGAAUCCAAGAAACAAAACGCUCGCUUGCUGGAAGUGAGGCAGUGACCGACGUGGUCAAGCCGAAGUUGACCAUAGACUUGGGCCACUCCAAUAUCUCACGUAUUCCUGAGUCGGUUGUUGACACUAUUAAGGACGAAGUUGAGCGACUCUCACUCUCAAACAACCAGCUGGUCCACAUUCCCUAUCGAUUUGCGGAGUGCCGUCAUCUACGAUAUCUUAAUAUCCGUGCGAACAGUUUCCGUGAAUUUCCCAAAGGAAUUUACAAGCUGCCCCUCCUCGAGAUCCUAGACAUCAGCCGAAACAAAAUCAGCCACCUUCCGGAAGAGAUAAAAAAGCUAUCCUCACUCAGGGUUCUUUCGGUCAUGCAAAACCGCCUUGACGACUUACCGCUUGGGAUUUCCGACAUGAACAAGCUUCAAAUUCUGAAAGUAGCCGGGAACCCCUUGCGGUACCCCCUGCGACGGCUCAUCGAAAGCUCCGAGACAGAAUUUGGCCCCUCGAGUCUAACUGACAAUGAGAAGGAGGUUGCAGUAACCGCCGAGCUUAAAAGAUUUCUGAAAACGAAGCAGCCUGUUGCGCCUUUGGAACUGGAGAGAUAUGACCCAAGCGAGGUCAUGCUGGAUACUCCGAAACCUCUCAAGCGUGGAAUGAGCAGCCGAUUCCCCGUGAUUCCCAGUACCGGCGACGGUGCCUCCGACCCUAAGUCACCCUCUCUGGGUCGGCCACCACCCAUCCCAAUGAAAUCUCACUAUCGCAUCGCUUCAGGGCACAACCCUGCCUUCCACGGCUCUAUACUUCAACGUCCCGGAGCGAAGCCUUUUGCGGGGUACAAUGAACGCAACCGAAGCAACAGCGAAGGCAUUAUCCAAGCCUCUCUCGCGGCACGUAACAAGCGGAUGGGGGUUAUUCGGAAAAACACAGAUCUUGGAACUCUCGAUGAGACGCGUCCCUAUCGGAAUAGCCAUUUGCGAGGUCUAAGUUACGGCUCGAUCCUUCGUACUAGGCCCUCUGGCGCCCUAUCCAAUAGCAAUUCCUCCAGCCCUAGUAGUCCAAGGGAACGCAGACGCUUGAAGGACGGGUUCGUGAAUCGCAUGUCGAGCCUACCGGAACAGAAGGCCGAGAAGGCAACAGCAGAGCCUAUCAUCGCAAGUGCAAAGUGCAUUUUAUUUGCUCUCUUCCAGAUUCAAUCUAACGUUACCUCCUUGAUCAACGUCAUAAAGCGCGAAGACGCCCGCCGGAAUAGCCUCGAGAUAGUCUUUUACAAUGCAUCCACCCAUGUCGAUCGACUCAACGAGGCUAUAGAGAACGCGGAGCACGCCCAGUCCGAGGAAGCAGACGUGGCGCGGUUGGCCAACGAAGCGGUAAAGCGGGAAUGUGAAACUUGCAUUAUCGCUUACACACAUGUCGGAACGCAGCUACGAAAUAGCAUUGACAAGAUAGUCAGCAAUGGCGAGUCGUGCUAUGUACGCUCGCUGAUUUUGAUGAUAUUUGGUAGCAUGGUGGAAUUGCGCAAUGCGUGUGCACAUCUGGGGGUACCCGUUAGGAAGAGUCAUAAACCACCUUCGAAAAUGCCAAUACCAGAAAUCAAGGAAUCCGCCGGUCCGGACCGGUUUCUGGGCCCAACCGUGACACCCACACGGGGAAGAGAGCAGUCUUUCUCAACACGUCGGUACCGGAGUGACACGACGAUCCACCAUCCUCAGAUUGUUAUGAAUGGGCCUUUCCAGGCAGCAUCGCAGUACCAGUCCGCAGUCAGCUCGCCAGGGUUUGGCCCGACGUCAUUCAGUUUCGCCGCACGGAGUCGUUCCAGUAGCAGGUCCAACCAUAUCAACACCUCCAUACCGUCCUCGCUGGCGACCCCUCGUUCAGGCGAGUCAUUCUCUGCUAUUCCGAGCUCUGUUGUGCCUCGAAUAAACCCAAUGACCGGUUUGGAUGAGAUUGAGGAAGAACGUAUUUUCGAAAAGAUCUUUUGCCAGCUCAACUCGGCGUGUAGCGCUGCCCUCCAGGGUUUGCCGGUGGCGUAUUCUCAGUUAGUGCGAUGUCUCGAACUGGCAGAGCAAACCCGCAAGUCGGAGGGUAUUGUCAUGCUCUGGAAAAAUCUCAUCAAUCGCUGCCAGACGUGUCUGGAUGUGUCAGAGGGCUUGGGCUCCAAGCUCUCAAACAUGAAGGUGAAGGAACCUGGCGGUGGAAUGCGAAACUCGCGUGACUUCUGGCACACGUGCAAGGCAUUCCUGCAGUCCUUCGUAGACCUUGUCAUUGACAUGAAGGAGGUUCGAAAUAUGAAGAUUCUUCCUAACGACAUCGUCCACAUGCUUCGUCCUAUUCAGAGAUCGAGCAGAGAGGCUGGGCGCCUGAUCGAUGCUUCGCCCUGGUCGUUUCUCGCGGAUAUGAACCCCGGCAAUCCCCCGGCCAAUAUCUAUGGGCCCCCUUUACAAGCACAGCAUUCACAGCACCAGACCUCGGUCUCAGCUAAUACGUUCCAUCAUGGGCCGAGUUUAUCGCCAUCGGUCCAUCUUCCUGCAACGCCGUUGAGUGCCGCCCUCGGUCCCGCUGCGCAGGCGACCGUACCCUCUACCCCGGCAAGCGCAUACAGCGACAAGUUCUUCGAAGGGGAUGUCUUCCAACGCGCCGACUCUUUGCUCUCGAUGCCGAGCCAGGCACCGUUCUUUGCGCGUCGUUGA